AUGAAACCGUUCAAGAAGAUUGCAAUUGCCGCUUUGGCUGCGAGCGUCGCGGGAACCGCGCUUACUGCCGGCCUGCCCGCCUUCGCUCAAAGCGGAACUGCGAGCGGGGACGGGGGGCAAAAGAUUCAACAGACCCAGGACCAGCAGAUGGCGCAUAAAGGCGAGCGUCGGGGCUGGGGUCACGGCCGUGGCGGUCACGGGCAGCGCGCCGAACGUUUGUUCGAACGCUUUGACACCGACAAGGAUGGCGUGAUCACCGAGGCCGAGAUCGAGGACAUUCGCGGUCAGGAAUUUGCGGCUGCAGACACUGACGGCAAUGGUGAAAUCAGCCUCGAGGAAUUCAAGGCCCAGUUCAUGGAACGCUCCAGCGACCGCAUGGUUCGCGCGUUCCAAUUCAUGGAUACAGACGGCGACGGAACCGUGACACAGGCGGAAAUCGACCUUGUUGCCAACCGGAUGUUCAAUCGGCUGGACCGUGAUGGCAACGGUACCGUGGAAAGGGUUCGCGGCCAGCGAGGCCAGGGCGCCGAGAAUGAUGGUGAGCGCCAGCAACGUGCGGAGCGCGGCGAACGCAGAGGGCACGGUGGCAAGCAUCAUGGCCGAGGCGGACCCGCCCGGAUGUUCAUGGGUCUGUUCGACACCGACGGUAGCGGUUCCGUGACGCGAGAGGACUUCGAUACACGGCGUGCGGAACUGUUUGCACUGGCCGACACCAACGGCAGCGGUUCUUUCGCUCUUGAGGAUUUCGGUCCGCUGUGGCUUGCCGUCAAUGAUGGCCGGAUUGUCGACAUGUUCCAGCGUGCCGAUGCCGAUGGCAGCCUUGGUAUCACCCAGGAAGAAGCCAACAAGCGUCUGGACAAUUUGAUGAAACGUGCCGACCGGAACAAGGAUGGUGUCAUCACCAAAGCCGAUUUCAAAGGCGGAAAGAAAGGCAAAAAAGGCAAGAAACACCGCGGCUGA